AGCACAGCAGCAGCAGAAGCAGGCCAGCACCAGCAGUGUGCCGAUCCCACCAACCCAAACCACUCCCCACCUCACGCUCACGCACGACCCGCGCGCGCGCGCACUCCAGCAGGCAGUAGCUCCCCCUCACCGAUGGCCGCGCCGGCGACGGUCCCGCUGCGGCAGCUCUUCGUCGACGGGGAGUGGCGCGCGCCCGCGCAGGGCCGGCGCCUCCCCGUCAUCAACCCCGCAACCGAGGCCCAGAUCGGUGAGAUCCCGGCGGGCACGGCGGAGGACGUGGAGGCCGCUGUGGCCGCCGCGCGGGCGGCGCUCAGGAGGAACCGCGGCCGCGACUGGGCGCGCGCGCCGGGGGCCGUCCGGGCCAAGUACCUCCGCGCCAUCGCCGCCAAGAUAAUCGAGAGGAAACCUGAGCUGGCUAAGCUAGAGGCGCUUGAUUGUGGGAAGCCUUAUGACGAAGCAGCAUGGGACAUGGAUGAUGUUGCUGGCUGCUUUGAGUACUUCGCGGAUCAGGCGGAAGCCUUGGACAAAAGGCAAAAUUCACCAGUUACCCUUCCGAUGGAAACUUUUAAAUGCCAUCUUCGGAGAGAGCCUAUCGGAGUUGUUGGGCUUAUCACUCCUUGGAACUAUCCGCUCCUGAUGGCUACAUGGAAGGUAGCUCCUGCUCUGGCUGCUGGUUGUACAGCUGUGUUGAAGCCAUCUGAACUGUCAUCUGUGACUUGCUUAGAGCUUGGUGAUGUCUGUAAAGAAGUCGGUCUUCCUUCUGGUGUCUUGAACAUUGUGACUGGUUUAGGUCCUGAUGCUGGUGCUCCUUUGGCAGCGCACCCAGAUGUUGACAAGGUCUCUUUUACUGGGAGUUUUGAAACUGGUAAGAAGAUUAUGGCAGCUGCAGCUCCUAUGGUCAAGCCUGUUACACUGGAACUUGGUGGAAAAAGUCCUAUAGUAGUAUUUGAUGAUGUUGACAUUGAAAAAGCUGUUGAAUGGACUCUGUUUGGGUGCUUUUGGACUAAUGGUCAGAUUUGCAGUGCAACAUCUCGUCUUCUUGUCCAUACAAAAAUUGCCAAAGAGUUUAAGGAGAGGAUGGUUGCAUGGUCCAAAAAUAUUAAAGUUUCAGAUCCACUUGAAGACGGUUGCAGGCUUGGACCAGUUGUUAGCGAAGGACAGUAUGAGAAGAUUAAGAAGUUCAUAUCAAAUGCUAAAAGCGAAGGUGCUACUAUUCUGACUGGGGGUGUUAGACCGGCGCAUCUUGAGAAGGGGUACUAUCUUGAACCCACAAUUAUUACUGAUGUAAGCACAUCAAUGGAAAUUUGGAGGGAGGAAGUCUUUGGUCCAGUCCUGUGCGUUUAUGAAUUUAGCACUGAAGAUGAAGCCAUCGAACUGUCCAACGAUACACAUUAUGGCUUGGCUGGUGCUGUAAUUUCCAACGAUCGCGAACGAUGCCAGAGAUUAGCUGAGGAGAUCGACGCUGGAUGUAUCUGGGUAAACUGCUCGCAACCCUGCUUUUUCCAUGCCCCAUGGGGCGGGAACAAGCGCAGUGGCUUCGGACGCGAGCUCGGAGAAGGGGGCAUCGAUAACUACCUGAACAUCAAGCAGGUCACGGAGUACCUCUCUGAUGAGCCGUGGGGAUGGUACCCGGCCCCCGCCAAGAUGUAAAGCUGGCACUGAUAACUUUUGUCUGUCCCAUUGGAAAUCCGGAAUAAACGAUGCUAUGCGACGAAUGAACCCGUGUAACAAAUGGAACAUAUGACACUGUGAAGUGUUGCAUCUGAGGAAUAAAAUUAGAUGCCCGAGUUCAGUUUUACUGUACG